AUGGAGCCCGCGCUGGCGGCGCAGAAGCCACCCCAGCCGCGGAGACGAAGCCGCCGGACUUCCGAGCUCUGCGCGGGCGGCGCCGCGGGGCCUUCACCUGACACCCCCGGGCCGGAGCCGGACCGCAGGUAUUCCCUUAGGAGAGGUAGCUCCUUUACAUUUUUAACACCUGGAUCCCACUGGGAUUUCACUUUGAAAAGAAAACGAAGAGCAAAAGAUGAUGAUGUCGUAAGCCUUAGUAGCCUUGAUCUGAAGGAGCCAAGCAAUAAAAGAGUUCGACCUCUAGCUCGAGUCACAUCCUUGGCAAAUUUAAUCUCUCCUGUAAGAAAUGGGGCAGUCAGACGUUUUGGUCAAACAAUACAGUCAUUUACCCUUCGUGGUGACAAUAGAUCCCCAGCUUCAGCCCAGAAGUCGUGGAGCAGAUCAACAGUCCCAACACCUUCUAAAAGGAGAAGUAGUGUAUUGUGGUCAGAGAUGUUAGACGUCGGCAUGAAGGAGUCUUUAACUACCAAAGAAAUUAAACGUCAGGAGGCAAUAUAUGAAAUGUCUCGAGGUGAACAGGAUUUAAUUGAGGAUCUCAAGCUUGCAAGAAAGGCCUACCAUGACCCCAUGUUAAAGUUAUCUAUUAUGUCAGAAGAGGAACUAACACAAAUAUUUGGUGAUCUGGAUGCUUACAUACCUCUGCAUGAAGAUUUGUUGGCAAGAUUAGGAGAAGCAACCAAACCUUCUGGAACAAUAGAGCAGAUUGGUGACAUUCUUGUGAACUGGUUGCCAGGCUUGAAUGCCUACAAAGGCUAUUGUAGUAACCAGCUGGCAGCCAAAGCUCUUCUUGAUCAAAAGAAACAAGAUCCAAGAGUCCAGGACUUUCUCCAACGAUGUCUUGAGUCUCCCUUCAGUCGAAAACUAGAUCUUUGGAGCUUCCUAGAUAUUCCUCGAAGUCGCCUAGUCAAAUACCCCUUAUUGUUAAAAGAAAUUCUUAGACACACUCCAAAAGACCACCCUGAUGUUCAGCUUCUGGAAGAAGCUGUACUGAUAAUACAAGGCGUUCUCUCUGAUAUCAACUUGAAGAAAGGCGAAUCAGAAUGCCAAUAUUACAUUGACAAACUGGAGUAUCUGGAUGAAAAGCAGAAGGAUCCUAGAAUUGAGGCAAGCAAAGCAUUGCUUUGCCACGGGGAACUGAAGAACAAAAAUGGACAUAAACUUUACAUUUUCCUGUUUCAAGACAUCUUGGUUUUGACCCGGCCUGUUACACGAAAUGACCGACACUCUUACCAGGUUUACCGGCAGCCUAUCCCAGUCCAAGAGCUGGUGUUAGAAGAUCUACAGGAUGGAGAUGUGAGAAUGGGAGGGUCCUUUCGAGGGGCUUUCAGCAACUCAGAUAAAGCUAAAAAUAUCUUUAGAGUUCGCUUCCAAGAUCCCUCACCAGGCCAAUCACACACUCUACAAGCAAAUGAUGUGUUCCACAAACAGCAGUGGUUCAAUUGUAUUCGCACUGCUAUUGCCCCUUUCCAGCAGGCUACUAGUUCACCUGAGCUGGAAGGUUUGCCAGAGCUCCAUGAGGAGUAUGAAGAGAACAAUCCCGCUGCCACCAGGAACAUCAGGGCCCAAAGAAGGGCAUCCACGGUGUCGAGUGUGACUCAGGUCGAAGUUGAUGGAGAUUCUUCAGAAUGUGGCUCCCCAGUGCACGCCGCAGACAACAUUAAGAAUGUCAAAGCACACCGAACACAAUCUGGCUUCCGAAAAGCAAGGGACAAAACCCACUUCAGUGGCAAACGGAAAGAAACUUUGGUAUAA